AAUACAUACAGAGGGAACGUGAUUGUAUGACAGCAGAUGUACACACCUUACUAGCACAUCUAACAAAUUCAGCUCACUGAUAAAUCUUGGAUGCUCAUUCAACUUUUAACUCUACAUCACAAAGACUCACAUGAUGACCCGUUGUAACCUUGCUGGGUUUAUACUACUGGCAGCUGUAGCAUUCUUUUCCUCUUUGCGGACAUUAAACUCUGUGGAGGAGCUGAAGGAAACAGGUUUUGGAAGACCACCUCCUAGACAUGGACUAGCACUUCUAUUGUGGUAUGUCCAAAACUGUAUCGACAACAAUAUGGUGUCUCUCUGUGACCCCAUGAAAGGUGAAUACGGUUUCCAUGAAUUCAGCAACAAAGGUCCAGUUUUUCUCCUACCCAGGCUAAAGGAUAAGAAGACAUAUGGCUACUUUACCAUAGGAAACCUUAAUUACAAGCAUGCCAGUGAUCUACCCUAUGAAGUCAGAAAAUAUUAUAAUCCACAUGAUCUAAAGAGCAACAUGGACAGAGUCAUUGUGAAGUAUAAUAAAAAUAAGAACAAAAUAGAAGAAGUGUUCAUUUCAGAGCACUAUAAAAUAUUAAAGACAUAUAUUGUUGGUUUGCCUCUUAUUACUCAGUUAAGACAACAGCUGUUGUCAUAUGUGCAUAAAAACAUUUCUCGAAAAUCUUCGAGCGAAAUGUAAAGCUAGUGAUUUUUUUAGUGAUUGAUCUAGCUGUAUCUUCUGCACCUUCUUGCCAUAAAUGUAAAUUUUGCCAGUUUUUCCUAUUUUUAGAAAAGAAAGGAAAAGCCUUUAAAUGAAACAAAAUUUACAAUAAAAGUUGAACGUUUAAAAUAUUAUUUUCAUUAACCUGCAUUAUUUAUCAUCAGUUGUAUUUCACAAGUUGAUACGUAAAUAGUUGGUCAUUAUGGGUGAGCCAACUUUCAGUUCUCAAUCUCACACCUGUUUGCCUAUAUUUAGUCACUUCCCAUUUUUAACUUUCACUGUUGUGUAACACAAACUGCAAAAAUGUGUUUUCAUAAUAAAUAUAAUACAA